AUGUCUAACAUCAGCCAGGAAAACACCUCACAUCCCUGUGAAGAGCCAGUCUAUUACUAUAGUACCAUUGGUUCCAUAGUGGACUGGGUGAUACUCCUUGUUGGACUACCUGAGGUCUGCUUGGCCUGCUAUGCCCUGCUGUGUCUACUCAAGAAGGACAAACUAGCUCCAAUCUUUGCCAUAAACCUGCUUCUGUCGGAUCUCCUUCAGAUCGGGAUCAUGGUCGUCUUCAUCGUGAGCAGGUUUUUUGAUCCAACCUCCGACCGUUUCCUUAGAGCCCGCUGCGUCGCACGACUCUUUGUCCGCCUCGGCCUCUCCUCCAGCCUAAGCUUCAUGCUGCUGAUUUCUGCGGAGAGGUUUAUAAUGGUGGCUUGUCCUGUGUGGCACCACACCAAGAACAAUGUAAAGCUAUCCGUCCUGAUCUCAGUUUGCACAUGGAUCUUCUCACUGGCCUUCUCCUCUUUGGAUUAUUUCUUAAUGAGACAUGCCAAAUUCCCUUCGUGGCUGUUCUCCAUCCUCUGCCUCCUCCCCUCUCCGUUUCUCCUGGGGUUCUUCAUAGGAACAUGGAAAGCUCUAAACAAGAGCACAGCCAUGAGACAUAGAGCACCAAACAGGAGGAGAGUUCUGGGUGUCCUUGGUCUGGUGUUGGGGACAUACGCUGUUUUGUUCUUCCCGUUUAGUUUCAGGAACCUGUACUACUCUCUAAAAGCUGAUGCUGACUCAGAUACAGCGGACUCGGUCAGGGAUUUAUCAGGUAUUUUCACAAGUGCUCUGGUCUACCUUAGCCCACUGCUAGAUCCUUUGCUCUAUAUUUUCAUCAGGAGAGACAUUCGAGACACAAUGGCGGCAUUUCCCUGCUGCAACACAAUUCUGAUGAAGCUCAAAGGAUUUAAGGACUCUCCUCAGACAGUGACGGCUUUAUAA